AUAUAAACCAUUUUAGUAAAUUUGCGUUCCGUAGGUCAUGAUUUUAAUGGAAAUUAGGUAAGCAUACGAAUGAAUUGAAACAGUAGUCUUUAUCAUUUCAUUAAUUGGUAGAAGGUAAAUAAUUCCUGUUAACUGUAAUUCUUAUUGUAAGGAAAGUUUUAUUCUAACGUAAAUUAAAUAAACAUCUAAGAAUUAUUCAUUACUCAUCAUUUCAAUGAAAGUAAGUAUUGUCAGAACUUGACUUACUCGCUCUGACCAUAUUAUGGAUACCAUAAAUAUCUUUGGUACAUGUAACCUAAAACAGUGGAUCGUUUUCAAUAUAGUCUAUUCAUAUGGAUCCAAACUUAAUCGCCUGUGUUUAGUUUCGAUCCUGGUACGAUUGAUUCCCAUGGUUGACAAUUUCACACUAUUAGAGAUAUUUUAUUAGUUGUUAAACUUCUCUUAUAUUCUCUUCGUUGCCCCCAACUGCCAAGGGUGAGGAGAGUCCUCCCUCUCGAAAUGCUCUCAUGUGUAGAGCCACCAUCAGAGAUGUCUUAACUACCUUCUCGCGGUGUUGCUAUGAUGUCUGGUACUAUGUCAACCCACAUAGGUUAUUCUAGUCUCUGGACAAACCAGUCUAUUCAUUCUUCUUAAGCCACAUUUUUACCCUGUCACUUAUUUGCUUAUUAAUCCUAACUUGUUUUUAUAUGACCGUGUGUGCGUGUAUUGCUUACCCCAUUCAUCACAUGUCUGUAACUUUUGUCUGAAUAUGAAUAUCGAUUAACGUUUGAUUAAAUGGAGUUGGCUCAUAUGACUUCUCCGAUCCGCUCCACCUCGUUACCUUUCUUGUCUGUCCAGAUCCACGAUCGAUCGAAUCCUUAUUAACAGUCGGUUAUGUACUGUUAGAUUUGAAAGUUCCACCAAAGUGCGAAGGAAUCGGUAUGAGAGACGAUGUAUUUUCGUCAUCCCUACGCUCCGACAGAUUGCAGCCCGGAUGUGGUCACUGCUUAGUUUUACAACCAGUUAAAUAUUCUACGAAAAGUGCGUCCGAAAGAUAUUGCAGUGCUAACCAGAGACUUGAAUGCUCCGGUCAGUUGUCUAGGUACAAAAGAGAGUCUUUAAGGUGGUCGAUGGGAACUUGCUGGUCUCAGGUCAGAAAACGGUGACCACAAACGAAGACUGUAAGGUGAUGAAGUUGUGAAAAGCUUGCGUAAAGACCGAAGAGCCUGAUGGUCAGAGCGCGCUAACGAGUUAGAAACAGCAACUAUCCCCGAAUACUGCCCGUAGCUCUUCCAACUCAUCCGAGUCACUAGCAGCAAGACGCUUGAUGUAAGUGAAGCUGAUGGGAUGCCAAUCAACAACAUUUACCGACGUCUUAGACGAUAGGCAGAAUUCUUCGAGGAACAGUCCAACUGGCCUGCUGUCUCGGCGACAUCGAUCAGACUUUUCUGCCUUCCACUGCCAAUGACGACUGAUUCACCUGACAACGCGGAAGUUUGCAAGAAACUCCGACUCCUGAAGUGCCACAAAUCACUAGGCUCAGACGACUUGUCUCCAGUCCUUUUUAAAGAUGGUGGUGACUUUCUGGUUAUGGAACUAACUGAGAUAUUUACAAAAGUCUGGCAAUUGGAGUGUCCAACGUCGUGGAAUGAGUUGACAGUUAUCCAUAUCUUUAAAUACGGUUUAUGUCGUUUCUAAGACAACUAUCAAGAGAUAAGUCUGCUUCUGAUUGAGUGCAAAUUAUUGGCUUCUAUCUUACUUCGUAGAUUGUUCAAAAUCCAAGAACGGUUGAUUCGUGAGGAGCAGGUCGGGUUUCAUUCUGACCGAGGAUGUAUCGAUCAUAUCUUCCACCUCCGCCAAAUGUUAGAACACCGACAUAAUUAUUGCAGGCAAACAAUCGUAGUGCUUCCUGACAUCAGGGCUGCCUUCGAUUCGUUGGACAGGACUGUUCUCUGGGAUUGUCUAUUGAAGAGAGGUGUGCAUGAGAAAUUUAUUAACAUCUAAGCCCUAUAUACACCGACCUCUUUCCAUUGUGGCAUGGAUCUCCCGCCUGGAGAAAGACUUCUCGACCUUGUGUAUGGGGAGGGUAUUGUCUCACUGUGCGAUGAUACUCAAGUCAUGCAAUCCACACUUAGUCAGUUGGCAAUUAGUGUCUGUAUGGUAUGUGUUUUUCCCCUUCGAAAUGCAAAAUACUUUUGCAUGACUGGCAUGACUGCGAUCUUACAUUCACUCUGCAAAAUGUUCGCUUGGUUACUUUGUGGUUAGUAAGCGUCCGUCGAAUUCUGCUUUCAGUUUGUAAGUAACUCAGUUAUCUUCUGUAGAUUUGUAUUUAAUGUCACCAAAAACUAAGACGAUAUAUUUUAAUAUUAACAUAUUAAUUAACAAACUAGUUUAACUCAGUAAAUGUAAUAAAUAUGAUCUUAUUUAUUAAACUUUUCCGAGUAAACACCAGGUUCUAUAAACAGGGAAUAAAGAAUCAAACUUUUAAACAAUACUUAAAAACUCAUUUAUUUACAACCAACUAUGUGUGCAUUCAAAUAUACAUUCUCGGUACUCAAAUGAUCAUUUUUCUGCCUCUUUAUCUACUAGUAUCCCUUAAUUCUGAGAGGUCAUGCCUUUCUCAAGUAGGUCUGAAAACUCAAGAGUAGACUGGUCCAUUAAAAUAAUUAACUUAGUCACAUUUUUGAUAUUAUUUUGGAGAUCCCAAGCAACACAAUUGUGUUGCGAAGAAAGGGGAAAUAAAGCGGACGAAGGCGUAAAUAAAGGGGAAAUGUCGCUUUUUCGCCUUUACGUCGUGUAUUUGGGGGAAAUUUGUCGACAAUUCUACGUAACGUACAGUGUUUGAAUGAACCGCAUCCAGAACUGAAGUUUUCAUAAACUUCGACAAAUUAAGGCACCACUUAAUAAAAAAAACAAAAGUAUCGUCAUAAAAACAAUGUACAAAAUACGGAACCAGGCAUUCGGUUGAUACGCAUAUAGAGUGACUUCGUUUGUUGUUUAGCUAAAGUGUUCCGACAUGCUUUGUAGCCAUCACAAAAAACCUACGUGAUGCAGGUGAGUGACGUGCUCUCAGAUUUUCAUGUUCAUUGUAACUGAUUACCUUGUAAGGCUAAUACUAUGAGUUCUAUUGAAGUCAGUGAGAAUGUUCGUAGACGUAGGGCCACUGUGAACUUGUCACGUUCCCUUGGCUGUCAUAGAUCCACUUAUAACAGAAGGUGGGAUAAAAUGAAAGCUGCUUUCAUGAAAAAAUAUGACUUUCUUUCGUUCAGUGAGUUUGCUAAUGAAAGCACCCUAAAAGAAGUAAAUAGAGAAAUCAGUUGUAAUGAAAGUACUCCAACUAUUACACCGUCCACUAGCAACAUCAAUCAAAGGCUUUCAGAUAAUAGUGGAUGUAGUGAACUUGUGCUGUCAAAAGAUCGUGAAUCGCAAAGAACUAAUGAACGACUUUAUGAUGUAUAUAAUGUCAAAUACAUCUCUGAGCAUAGGAGAUGCUGAUCGGGUUCUGUAUGGUCUACGAUUUCUUAUCCCGGACAUACCGAAAAGCAUCAGAGGUGUUCUGAAGACUUGUAAAUGUAUGGCCAUAAAUUGUAGGAAUUAUCUAGUUCUAAUCCUAUUGCUGCAUACUUGGCUGUAAAUGCAUUUUGUUCCACUAGUGUUUAAUAAAUGACGAAAUAUAUUUUAAUUAGGUCUUAUGUUAUUCUCAGCCCGCUAACAAGAAGUACGUCAUUGUUGACGUCCUCAGCAAAAAACAACUGAUGAUAGCAUCCAAGGAGUGGAUAGUAGGCAAGGAACUUUGCGUUUUUCCGAACGAGCUUGUCGAUAUACACCUUCAGAAGUGCGACCAACCGAAUGAAAAUUGGUCACUUAUGAAAUGUAAAGUUAUUCACGAAUUAGAUUCUCUGCAGUCUGCCAGAGAUCUGUUACUUUCCAUACAAAUACUGCAAUCUCACCGGGAAAACACUUCAACGGAUGAAAACACUCUGCCACAUAACGCUGAGAAGCACAAGAGAGCUGCCAUGAAGCCCAAACAAGUAUAUGUUUACAAUUCAGUAGACAUGGAUGUUGCUGAAAUGCAGACUGGCAAUAGUCAUGUUCAAUAUCCCUAAUUCAGGUUGUUUGACAAAUUAGUUUCGCCUAUUGCUAAUUCGACGCAAUUAGAGACAUCCCCGUCUACAUCGGCAUCGAAGCGUGUCCAUGGUGCUUCAGCAGACCAAUUAGAUAGGUUGCAUGCAAUGGUGCAAAACAUUUCGUCAACUAUGAAUGACUUCAGUCAGACGUUGCAGAAAAUGUCAACAGCCAUUUCGGAUUUGAGUAUUAAUGUAUAGCAAUUGCUUUCAAAGUCUAAUGAGCGCGAAAGACCGCAUCAAUUCGAUUGCGGACUGUCGAGUCAGCAGUUCUCUUUGUCAUCUGAAGAGGAACUACAGAUGCUGGAUACUGGUUUGUCGCAGAAAGAAACCAGGGACAGAUUUUUAAGUCAUUACCAUGAAUUUAAUAAUUUGUUACUAUUACAGAUGGUAAUGGUCACUAGGUUAUCAAGUGACGAUCCAAAAACGUCGAUGCGUUUUGUUCUGUCGCAUCUGUUGACACCGGAGGUUGCCAGUAAAUUCACGUUACUUGGCACCUCUUCAAAACGAGCACUACAGAAUUGCACGUUUUACGGCUGCAUACGAAGUGCCUUAACUCAUCGCUUUCUGUCAUCCUCUGCCAACGAAAAAGACCUUGGUAAGCUCUAUGACAUCGCAACACAAGGUUACUUUCACGGUAUCCGAGACAGGAUGAUAAAGCGUAAUAGAAGAAAACAAGACCAGUUACAGUCAACAAUAUUAACGAACAUAACCGUGAGUUCAGCUUCAAGUAUUUGGCUGUGCCAAAGCAUGUGAUUGAGAUAUGGUUGUGACUUUUUUUAAAAUUCAGAAUUCACAGGACGACAACCUCAAUUCUCAAUAGCCGAACGAACGUGGCUUGAGGGAAUAGUCCGUGCAAUUGUUUUGAUGUUCUACCUAGAUUUCAAUAAACAUUAUUUUUUCAAACAGCUUACUGUUUUACUUACAUGGGAAACUGUUGAAGUGUUGAGACUGUGUGUUUGAGUGUCAGUUAACUUUUGCUUAAAUACACAUUCCUUAUAAAUAAAACAUCACCUGUUCCUUCUUUUUCAGAUAAUUUCAAAUAACAAUGAAUUAGCAAUUGCAUUGGAUAUGCAAAACAAUCGAUGCUUAAGCUUCGGCUCUAGUGUUGUACAAUGAUACGCUUUUCCUUUUAAAUAAAAAUUUUCAAAAAUGUACCGUUUUUCCACUGCAUGGCAGAUAUAUUUUGGUCUGUUGAUGAAAAUAAAGGCGAACAUAGGAGAUCUUUGGGGUUCUGUGAACGGAUGGGAAAUAGGGGGUUAUAUGUGUAUUUAGGCGAAAAGUAGACAAUUCCGCGGAUAUUUAGGCGGAAAGUAGCCAAUUCGGUGGAUAUUUAGGUGAAAAUGCGACAAUUCAGCGGUUAUUUAGGCGAAAAUGCGACAAUUCGGCGGAUAGUUAGGCGAUAAGUCGGUAAUUUGUCGACAAAACGGCGAAAAGGCGACAUUCUGGCGCGUUUUCUCUUUAUUUUCCCUUUCGCCACCAAAGCAUUUACCCCUUUAUUUCCCCUUUCUUCGCCUUUAUUUCUCCUUUUUGGGUUGUCUGGGAUUUUAUGCUAUCCGACCUGGAUGAUUCUGUCAUUAAGCUUUUAUUGUCUUUCUAGACGUGAUUAUCGGCUAAAACUGCUGAGCUUUAAAUUAUUUACAUCACCCCAGCUUUUGUAUGCAUCUACAGUACGGAUGCAGAUGCCAAUUACUAAGUAAGAAAAUUGACUUGUAGCUCUACUACCGAAAUUUGAGUUGUGGUAGAUCUAUAUCUGGUACCAGAGAACUAGUUUAUUCAAACAGUUAGUAAACCAAUGUUAAGAGUAAAUGUCACAGAAUUACAGGGUUUUAGAAUUUAAAGUUCUCAUCAGGUUUUUUAGGUUAUUUAGUGGCACGUGAAAAAUAUCUCGGAGGCAUCAUUUGAAGUAUGAAAUCAAAACUCAUUUUAAAAC